AUGCCUGUUGGCCCUCGCCUCUCUGGCUGUGCGAUACACCGUCUGGGCGCUGGAGACUUGGUGGAUGUAACGGCUUCGAUGCUGUGUCUGUAUGGACGCGAAAGAGGCGUCGUGGAGCCAAUCGGAAGCGGCGAAAGCGAUGCGAUUCGACCAAUCAAAUGGCGUGAUGACCAGCCGGUCAAGCACCGAAAACACAAGCGAUCGAAUAGAUGCCGCUUAAACCUCGUCCAGUUGUUGCGUUUGUGGCUAUCCACUGCGACAUUUGCUGUCCGACCCUCGCGCAGCGAAUUCGAGCGGAUGGACUGCCCAAAUUCGUGGGUCGCGUGA